AAUGCCUGAUUCACGAGCCACGACGAACCCACCACUUGUUGGCCAACCAAAGAUCAUGGGCUUUUGAUAAAAGGGGUAAGAGAGGCUGAUGGGGCCGACCCAGGAUGAAGGGACAUGGCUGAUUCGUAUUCAGAUUGCACGAUCUUCGUGUCGUUGGCCCGAAGUAGCCGAGCGCUCGCCAAGUGCUCGACCAGAUGCCAAUGAGAAAGCUGUCUUGUCCCGUGUGACUCUUUAUCCAUCGGCUGUUUUUGCUGAGGACCUGAAUCAUUAACGAUGGCUUCACCUCCUUUUUUGUCUCGUCUGCUUUCCUUCGUCAACUCGUCGAAGUGCGCUGUAAAUGCUAAUCUAUCUCCGGCUUUGUCUUUGGGCGUUACGAGACGCGAGUGUAGAUAUGCCCUCCGUUUCGCUCAUGCUGUGGCAGAUGCUCACGAUUGUGAGGGAUUUAAGGAAUACCCAGGCCGACGUUCGGCUACUUUUAUCCAGAACAUGCUAAGAAAUCUGAUGGGCAGCUCAAUCGACGAGACCGAGAAAGCGCUCGAUCAAUGCGGCUUCACUUUGACUGAUGAUUUAGUCACGGCUGUCGUAAGCCGGCACGCUUCGGAUUGGAGACCUGCUUACACGUUCUUCAACUGGGUCUCUAAAAAGAGUGGCUAUUUACCAGGAUCUGGUGUUUAUAAUGAGAUUCUCGAUGUUUUGGGCAAGAUGAAUCGAUUCGGAGAGGUAACACAGGUACUCGAGGAAAUGUCAAAGAGAAAGGGUCUUUUUGAUGAGAGAACAUAUGGGGUCUUACUGAAUAGAUAUGCAGCUGCACAUAAGGUUGACGAAGCAAUCAACAUCUUCCAUGGCAGGAGAGAUUUUGGACUUGAGACCGACUUGAUGGCGUUUCAGGCUCUUUUGCUGUGGUUAUGCCGUUAUAAGCAUGUGGAGUCAGCAGAAACUUUGUUCUACUCUAUGAAAAGUGAGUUUGGCACUGACAUAAGGACGAUGAACAUCAUCCUCAACGGAUGGUGCGUGUUAGGGGAUGUUCGCGAGGCCAAGAGGUUUUGGAAGCACAUAAUUGCAUCUAAAUGCGCACCGGACAGGUUCACUUAUGGAACAUUCAUCAAGGCGCUGACCAAGAAGGGAAAGUUGGGCUCGGCCAUGAGGUUGUUUCGAGGAAUGUCGGAAAAGGGAUUGGGUCCUGAUGUGGUGAUCUGCAACUGUGUCAUCGAGGCACUUUGUUUCAAGAAGAGGAUUCCUCAAGCGCUGGAAGUUUUUCACGAAAUGAAGGAACGGGGGUGUCUUCCUAAUGCCGCGACUUACAACUCGCUUGUCAAGCACAUGUGCAAGAUUGAGAGGAUGGAGAAGGUCAAGGAGCUCGUGACCGAGAUGGGAUCAAUCGGGGGAGAUUGUUUGCCCAAUGCCAUCACUUUCAGUUACUUGCUCAAGAGCCUAGAGAAACCAGAAGAAGUCCCUAAGCUAUUGGAACAGAUGGAGAAAAAUGAGUGCAAGAUGACAAGCGACUUGUACAAUUUGGUUCUCAGGCUCUAUUUGGGCUGGGAUUGUCAGGAAAGAGUAAAACAUAUAUGGAAUGAUAUGGAGAGAAGUGGAAUGGGACCUGAUGAACGAUCAUACACCAUAAUGAUUCAUGACCUUUACGAGCGAGGGAGAUUGAAGGAAGCUCUGCAUUAUUUCGAGGAAAUGGUUUCCAAGGGAAUGAGGCCUGAACCAAGGACUGAAAUACUGGUCAAUGACAUGAACUCUAACAUUAAGGAAGGAGAAGCUGAUCACAGGAGACAGAGAACCCUCACAACCGAUGAAUCAACACAGCAGCGUCCAUGGAGGAGGAAGGAAAAGGUCACUCAAGGACUGCCUUAAGAGAAGUCUGUCGUAGCCGCAUCUUUGUCGCAUGUAAAUGUCAUAGCUGCGUCUUUGUCAGAAAAAUACAGGUACUUCGAUGAACUGUCAUUGCUGCAAGCAAGAAAAAUAUCCACAUCCAACACUCCACUUGGCAAAUUGCUCGAUGUUCUUGUAUCAUUCAACCAUACAUCUACAUUUGCUUUGCUAGAA